UGCUCAAUGAACCUUAAUUAGUGGUAAGAAUCUUCCAUGGAAACCAAGUGUUUUGAUCAAGAAGACCUCGAACCCUAUUGCAAGUGGCAAUAUGGGGAAAAGUGUGACAUUCUUGUGGUCCAUCUUCACGGUUUUGUAGAAGAACAAGUAAAGAUCAGCCCCAAGAGUAAUGGCGGGAUUUUAACAAUUACUGGAGAACGGCCUUUGGAUGGAUACCGUACCAGAUGGAAGAAAUUUAGAAAAGAGGUCAAAGUCUCGAACAUUUACCAGGCAAAUGCAAUCAAAACUAAGUAUGAAAAAGGCACUGUUAGGAUAAUGAUGCCCAAGAAAUCUUCUUUGGCUGCCAAAUUUGAUCUGCUUGGGUCAAAGAUAAAUGUGGAAAUCAUUAUAUGGUUUGCUUUGGGAGUCAGUAUUGCUUGUGGCCGCUGCUACGUAUAAAAAUAUUAAAUGAAUAUUUUUAGAGGAAA